CGCCCCUCUGGUAUGGAUCCCGCGUCCGAGCUAUCGAAGAAACGCGAGUUUUACAAGUCUCAGAUCACCACCGCCCUUCUGGAAGACCCUGACCCUCUGACUGCCUACGACACCUUCGUCAAAUGGACGCUCGAUAAUUACCGCGAUGAUCAACUCCCGUCAUCCGGGCUGCUGGAGCUGCUGGAGGAGGCUACUCGGAAAUUCAAGGACGACGACGCAUACAAGGGAGACCUCAGAUACCUCAAACUCUGGUCGCUAUAUGCCAGUCACGUCGAAGAUCCUGCAGUCAUCUACGCCUAUCUUCUGGCCAACGGGAUAGGUCUAGUGUAUGCUCAAACAUACUGGGAGUAUGCUGCUGUGCUCGAAAGAACCGGAAGGCGUGCCGAUGCAGAGACUAUCUACAAGCAGGGCAUCCACCGGCGUGCACGUCCCACAGAUCCUUUGAAGCGUCGGUAUGAGGAGUUUAAGCUGCGAUCAGGGUCGCGACUACCUCCGGCUUCUGACCUUUCUGCGGCCACAUGGAAGAGCGCGCCGCCGCAAGUACAAGCUCUCCGCCGUAGUCCACUGAAGAACCACACAUCCUCUUCCCCCCCUGCAGCGACGGUGGCAUCUGCCGCCUCAACCCAACCCACCAAUCCAUUAGGUCAUGACCGAUACGCACCGAUGCUUGCCCCUCCUGCUCCCGGAAAGCGCCCCGAAAAGUUGCGCUUCAACCUGUCUCUGCUGUUCACUGAGGACGGGACGGAAUACAGCAUGCAGGAGGCUCGUGCUCGUUCGAUGGGUCUUCUCGGCAAGAAGUGGGGGCCGCCACCUCCGUCGGAGACAGUGCGCGUGAGCUUUAAGGAGGCGCAAGGUCCCCGCGGGACACGUACAUUCACUGCGCGCAAGGGUUUCACUACCGGUGAGCCGACAGUGACACUGGCGACAAAGGAGGCGCUAGCGGAUGUAUUUGGCAUGUACAAUUCGCCGGAGAAAUCAAUGCGCUUCGGUGCGGUAGCGGGGAGCAAACAUGCUCCUGUGCGCAAAGUGGAACCCGUGACACCAAUGUCGCUGCAGAGCCAGCUCAGAGCGGUGAGCAAUGAGAAUGCGGACGUGCCCGUGAAGACGCCGAGGGGCAACGAGAACGCCAACCCGUUCGUUGACGAGAAUCUCAGGCGGGAGAAUGCGACGCCUGCCGUGCCUCCGAAAUUCAAACCAUUCGUUGAUGCUGAGAAUCCAAGCAAGAUUCCCGCGUUUACUCCUCAACCAGGCCGUCGGGGGCUGUCAGUAAAGGACUCUACGACGCCUGCCUCCGCCCGAGCGCGUUUGGACGAGAACGCUCCAAGCUUCAAGCCUAGAUCUGGUCUCAAGUCUAUCAAUGAGGAAAGUAAACCGGUGUUCUCAGCCGUAUUCACCCCACUUGCUUCAACAAGAGACAGGCCGCAGGCCCGCCGUGACACAUCUGGAGACGAGCAGGCGCAAGGCAAGAAUGCUGCGGCCGCGCCCAUGGAGAAUGGGAAUGUGUUUACGCCGUACAGGGAUGACGCGCCAGUCAAGGUGUUCAGCCGGCCGCCAACCAGGAACGAGAAUGCCCCUCCCGCACCUAGCGCUACAUUCAGGCCUUUCGUUGACCCCAGCGACGAGGACCAGGAACCCGCCGCUCCCGCUCGUGUCGUUCUUGGCGAACGCGUACCAUUGCGCCCAUUUUCACCGCCUCCCAUUGAAGAUGAAGAACCCGAGGAGAACAUGCAGGCAAGCGAGGACGAUUCCUCUUACACGGAGGAUGAGGAGCCAUACGACGAGUAUGUUGAGCAGGACGCGGAUUUCGAGAACGUGGACGGCAUGCAAGGCGAGGACGAUAGUAUGUAUGACGAACAAGGCGAUGGCACCAGUUACGGCGCGCCCCUAGGCGGAAGAUUCGGCCAAUUCGACGUCAUGACGCCUAUUACAGAGAGAACAUUUGAGUUCACCUUGAGCACGCGAGGUACACCUAACCUGGUCGGCGAGGGCAUUGCCGUGUAUCGAGAUCCUGUAGAGGCUGCCGAGCAGCUCGCUGCAGAACUGCGAGAAGAUGAUCAACAGCAGGAUGCAGGGGAUGAUUUAUCUUCGUCGGAGCCAUAUAUCGACGAGAGGACCGGCACUCUGAAUCUUUCAGAUGCUCUGGCCGCUACAUCCUCGUUCCAGCCAGCCAACCCGUGCAAUCCAUUCGAUCCACCCAUUAUCGCAAGCCUCCUUUCACUGAUUCCCCCCGAUCACGACUUUCAUGAUCUGAAACGCGAGGAGGCGCAUCAGCUCGAUACGCUACAGAAGUUUGCGAAGAAAAAGUCCCGGCGGACUAGCGGCAACACGACGAGCCGACUUCCGGACGAUACCGAUGUCCUUCCUAUAAAUUUACUCGACCGCGAGUUUGCGGUCGUCGACAAGCUCGGCGAAGGAGGGUUUGGCGCCGUUUUCGAGGCUGUCGAUCUCAGUAUAGCGCGACACCGCGAUGACGACGACGACGACGACGGCGACGGCGACGGCGAGGAUGACCGGGUUGCAUUAAAGGUUGUCAAGCCCCGGAACCUGUGGGAAUUCUACGUCCUCAGACGAAUACACCGCACCUUGCCACCGCAUCUUCGACAAUCUAUAGUGAAGCCACAAGCCCUAUAUGCGUUCCGUGACGAGAGCUUCUUGGUCCUCGAACUAUGCAAGCAGGGUACUUUAUUGGACAUAGUCAACCGUGCCCCGCAUGCAGGCGUCACGCAGCAGGGUGCCUGCCUAGACGAGCUUUUGGUGAUGUUCUUCACCAUCGAGCUGAUGCGCAUCCUGGAAGGAAUGCACCGAGCUGGCUUCAUCCAUGGUGAUAUGAAAAUCGACAACUGUCUGCUCCGCCUCGAAGACGUGCCCGGACCAGCAUCAGCAUGGUCGAGCAUGUAUUCACCAGACGGCGAAGGCGGCUGGAGCUACAAGGGCAUCAAGCUGAUCGACUUCGGCCGCACUAUCGACACACGGCUGUUUCCCGCUGGUCAGCAAUAUAUCGCAGAAUGGCCUACCGACCCCAGGGACUGCCUCGAAAUUCGUGAGAAUCGACCGUGGACGUUCCAAACCGACUAUUUUGGCCUCGCGGGCAUCAUUUAUUGCAUGCUUUACGGGAAGUACAUCGAGGCGUCAUCAGUGGUGCCCGCUGCGCCAUCACCUCAAGGCAUCGAGCGGUACAAACUCGCAACCUCAAUGAAGCGUUAUUGGCAGGUCGACUUGUGGACUAGGCUGUUCGACCUAUUGCUGAAUCCUUGCCUCAUGCGAUCCGAUGGAGAGUUACCCUUGUGUGACGAGAUGGCAGAGCUGCGAGUAGAAAUGGAGACAUGGUUGCAAGCAAACUGCAACCGGGCGAGCAACAGUUUGAAGGGCUUGUUGAAGAAGAUU